AUGUAUAAAUUUGAAAAUGAUGUGCGCGAAGAAAAAGACCAAAAAUUUACUUUGAUUGGUAGAAAUUAUGAGAUAAAAACAGAAUGGAGAAAAUUAUACGAUGAUGAAAGAAAUAACUCUGAACCAAUAAAUAAUAAGGGCAAGACUUGUUUGGAAGGCUCUUGUAUUUAUCCGACUUCUCCAAGAUUUCAAUCGUCGCCUGAAUCAUUUUCUCCUACACACUCUCAAGCAAGUGAACCAAAGAUCCCAUUGGAGAUGCGCAAGAAAGCCAAGGGUAAAAGCUCUUGUCAAAUUGAUGUAUCGAGAAUUGUUAAUCCUAUCGUAAAAUGUAUCUCUGAUCUAAAAUCUGAAUUUCAUACGCAAUUUUCCAAACGUCAUUAUGAUAUGGAUCCUAAUCCUUAUACAGCUAAACCUCAUACGACGAAAAUUGGUGAAGAGUGGCAAGAUCCUGAAUAUCAAAACGAUGAGGCCGUUACUGCUGGAAGACUUCUUGAUGUAAUUUUGACGAUGAAACUGCCUAAAGAAGCUAAAAAACGUCUUGUUCAAGCACGUGAUAUCAUUUGGGAUAAAAUUUUGCAUCAUCGUAAUACUACUACUUUUGAAAAUAUUAUUAUCCAGUCAAGUACUCCUCGGGCAGUUUAUAUUGAUCCUGUUGCCAAUGCUGACUCGUCACUUGGUCAUACUCACUUUGAGAUUAUUCGUUCGCAUGAUAAUAAUGGAAAUAAUAAUAAAUCAUCUAAAGAAGAUGGAUCACUCAUUCCGAAGAAUAAUCAAGAGAAGAGCAACGUAAAGGAGCAAACAUCAACUGUUGUCACAACCGAUGAUAAAAUUAUCGACGAUCCUGCCGCUUCCAUUCCUUAUCGACGUUUUACAACUCAGUGGGAAAAGCCGAAUCAAUGUUUGACCUGUAGUGAUUCGACUUCAAAUAGUAGCCGUCAUUAUCAAAAUAAUGAAAGAAACUCGGCGGGAAAUUGUUUUUCAUCAAUAAACUGUUUCCAAAAAAGGAGAACGUUGCCAAGACGCGUAACUUACGGUGGCAUUGGUCAUUUUAUCAACGACCGUCCUACGGAUAAUAACAACCUACUCGACGGAUUUUCUGACGAAUUUGAACAUGUCCUAAGUAUUUGA